AUGUCGGAAGUACAAGGAACGGUUGAGUUUUCUGUAGAGCUACAUAAAUUUUACAAUGUGGAUCUGUUUCAGAGAGGGUAUUAUCAGAUCCGAUUGACCUUGAAGGUGUCCUCAAGGAUCCCCCACAGACUGAGCGCUUCCAUCGUUGGGCAGACAGACAGCAGCAGCCCACACUCAGCCUGCGUCCACGACAGCACCAUGCGCAGCCGCGUCUUCCAGAUCUUAUACAGGAAUGAGGAGGUGCCCAUCAAUGAUGCCGUGAUCUUCCGAGCUCAUCUGCUCUUAGAUGGUGAAAGGGUGGAAGAAGCGGUAAGUGAAGUCGAUUUCCAGCUCAAGGUGGAUUUGCACUUUACGGACAGUGAACAACAGCUGAGGGACAUGGCCGGGGUCCCCGUGAUCAGCAGCCGUGUGCUGGGCCUGCACUUCCACCCCCGGAGAGGCCUGCAUCACCAGGUGCCCGUCAUGUUCGACUAUUUCCACCUGUCGGUGAUCUCGGUGACCAUCCACGCCGCCCUGGUGGCCCUGCAGCAGCCGCUGAUCAGUUUUACUCGCCCGGGAAGAGGUUCCUGGCUUGGGAAAGGCGGCCCAGACACAGGACCAGAGCAGUCUAGCCUUUCCCUGGAAAACCUGGUCUUCGGAGCUGGAUACUGCAAGCCGACCUCCUCAGAGGGGAGCUUCUACGUGCCCUCUGAGAACUGCAUGCAGCAUGCUUACAAGUGGCACCGGGAGCUGUGCUUCCUGCUCUUGCACGCCUACCGGGGACUGCGCGCCUACUUCCUGACCAUCCUGAGGGACAUCCCCGAGCUGCCGCGCAUGGAGCUGGAGUCACUUGCUGUUGAAGAAACACUCUCUCAGCUGUGCUCAGAGCUGCAGAUGUUGAAUAAUCCAGAGAAGAUAGCUGAGCAGAUAAGUAAGGAUCUUGCCUGGCUGGCCUCCCACCUGAUGGCCCUGUGGACCCAGUUCCUGGACACAGUGACGCUGCACUCCCAAGUGACCACUUAUCUCACCCAGGAGCAUCACACCCUGCGGGUCCGAAGGUUUUCUGAGGCCUUCUUUUAUAUGGAGCACCAAAAACUUGCAGUCCUGACUUUUCAGGAAAACCUGAUCCAGACCCACAGCCAGCUGUCCCUGGAUAUCCGGAAUUCGGAGUACCUCACCACCAUGCCCCCGCUGCCCGCAGAGUGCUUGGACAUUGACGGAGACUGGAACACCCUGCCCGUUAUCUUCGAGGACAGAUAUGUGGACUGCCCAGCCACAGGAUGUAAUUUGAAUAUUUACCCUAAUUUUGAUGUUCCAGCAACAAGUCCAGCAAUAAUGAACCUAAACAACAGAGAGGAGAACCUUGUUGUAAAUAGAAAAUCACCUCUGAGGGAAAACCUAGUCUUGGCCUCCAUGAAACCACCCCCCACGGACUCUGAUGAGGAGGUUCUUAGGUGUCCAGGGCCCAGUAAGAAUGUUGCCACACCCAGUCAUAUGGACGUAUGCUCUGAAUCUCAGGUAUAUCUGACAGUUGGUGAAUUCCAGAGCAAGGCAGGUGUGCCUGAAGUUGACCAUCAGACUGGCCCAAGGUCUGAUAUUGGGGGGCAUCCGCUGGCAGAUGAGGACCUGCCCAGGAGGAGCCCUGGUCCAGAGGAUGGCCAGGCCCCAGCACUGACCUACAUUGACGUGAAAUCUAGCAAUAAGAACCCCUUCAGAGCAGAACCCACAGUGCUCACUGGUGCCCAGCAUGAGAGUGGGUGCUCCAGAGACAAGCACGGAUUAGGCAGAACUGAGCGAACCAAAGGGGUAGCAGGUGGAGGUCAUCACAGCGCUGUCUCUUCAGAGAAAACCACCCUGCAUGAGUUAAGUAGUCUAGGAAAGGGGGUAGACCAAGGGAGCAAGGUGGUGCUGCUGAGUCUGAAGGUCACCCCCUCAGAGCCCUGCGAGCACCUGAACUCUUCUUUGAGGGACCCCUUGGACAUCAAGGGUUCGCCAAAGGACCCUCAGGCAGAGGAGAAGGAGGAAGUGUGUAUCCUCUCUGGGGUCAUCAAGAGAUCUGCUUCCAUCAUCUCCGACUCAGGCAUUGAGAGCGAGCCAAGCUCCGUUGCCUGGUCCGAGGCUCGCAGCAGAACCCUGGAGCUACCCAGUGACAGGGACUUCUUGCACCAGCUGGUCCGAAGACACGCCCUGCACAGAAACUCCCUGGAGGGGGGGCACACCGAGAGCAACACAAGCUUGCCGAGCGGGAUCCAGGCCUCCCUCACGUCCAUUAGCUCUUUGCCUUUUGAGGAGGAGGAGCGGGAACUGGCACUCACGAAACUGACCAAGUCAGUGUCCGCGCCCCAGAUCAGUAGCCCCGAGGAGUCUGCUGAAGAUGCGGACUCCACACGGCAUAGGGGAGGUCCCUCUGAAACUUCAGCCGUGCCCACCGAGAGCACCAGCCCCUCAGCACGCUGCCUUCGACCUAGCGAUGGCCCCGCAAUCCAGGAAGCCGGGGUCGACCAUGCCCUUGUGGAGGAAGUCUCAGAUGCUGACAACCCGCAGGGCCCCGGUUACAUAGAUAUCCCCAAAGGUCAAGAGGAUCGGUUUGACCCCCAAGGCCCCUGUUGUCUGGAUGGCAGGACUGACAACCCUCCAGGUGUUGAAACCAAAGGUCUGGGUUUAAAAAUACCACUCCUCCUCGGACUUGCAUCACCUGGGCACAGAGCUUUGCCCAGAGAACUUGUGGAGACUCCGAAAGGCGUGCCUGGAGACUCCGAUGCAGGGACAGGAGCUCCUCUUGACAGCGGCGUGUUGGAUGCUGAGAGUUUCACCCACCCCAAGGUGCCUGAAGUAAGCUGUGCACCAUCCAUCGAUGUGGAUUCUGCAGGUGAGCAAAGCAGCUCCCUUGGUGUCAUGGAGGAUACGGGACUGAGCAGAGGGGCUGACACCUUCCCAGAGGAUGACUGUGAAGCAGGCGCGGGCUCUGCCGUGACUCAGUCCGUUCCCUGCCCGGUCACGGGGAGCCAGGAGCCCAGGCCAGGCACCUCCAUCAUGCUGUCCCACGUGACCUCUGCAGAGACCUUCUCUCUGGACAGCCUGAAAGCUGUCGAGGUCGUCAACCUGUCUGUAUCUUGCACUGCCACCUGUCUCCCUUUCUCGUCUGUGCCCAAGGAGACCCCUGCCAGGGCUGGAUUCUCUUCCAAACAGACCCCGUUCCCCAUCACUCAUCAACCUUUGGGUUCCUUUGGAGUCGUUCCUAACCAUUCCAGAAAGCUGGAGGAGGAAGUCAGCGAAAGGAUGUUCAGUUUUUAUCAGGCCAAAGAGAAAUUUAAAAAAGAGCUGAAGAUUGAUGGAUUUCUGUACAGUGACUUAUCUGUACUAGCUUCUGACAUACCGUAUUUCCCACCAGAGGAAGAGGAAGAAAAUUUGGAAGAUGGGAUUCACCUGGUAGUCUGUGUCCAUGGCCUGGAUGGGAACAGUGCAGACCUCCGGCUGGUAAAGACUUUCAUAGAACUGGGGCUCCCUGGAGGAAAACUGGAUUUCCUCAUGUCUGAGAAGAAUCAGAUGGACACUUUUGCGGAUUUUGAUACCAUGACCGAUCGGUUACUGGAUGAAAUCAUUCAGCACAUCCAGUUGUACAACCUCUCCAUAUCGAGAAUUAGCUUCAUCGGCCAUUCUCUCGGCAACAUCAUCAUCCGAUCGGUCCUCACGCGGCCUCGGUUCCGGUAUUACCUCAACAAACUCCACACCUUCCUGUCACUGUCUGGGCCCCACCUGGGGACCCUGUACAACAAUAGUGCCCUGGUCAGCACAGGCUUGUGGCUCAUGCAGAAACUGAAGAAAUCUGGGUCGCUUUUGCAGCUGACCUUCAGGGAUAAUGCUGAUCUGCGCAAAUGUUUCCUCUACCAACUAAGCCAAAAGACAGGUCUGCAGUAUUUUAAAAAUGUUGUGCUGGUUGCUUCUCCCCAAGACCGCUACGUGCCCUUUCAUUCAGCCAGGAUCGAGAUGUGUAAAACCGCCCUCAGAGACAGGCACACAGGCCCUGUUUACGCGGAAAUGAUCAACAACCUACUCCGCCCUCUGGUGGAUGCCAAGGACUGCACUUUGAUCAGACACAAUGUGUUCCACGCCUUGCCCAACACUGCCAACACUCUGAUUGGCCGAGCGGCUCACAUCGCUGUGCUGGACUCCGAGCUCUUCCUGGAGAAGUUCUUCUUGGUGGCGGGACUCAACUACUUCAAGUAG